GGUGAGGCAUUAACUCCAAAGGCUGCUUGAAUUUUAGCAAGUCUAUUUUCACCGAGUGGGGUAUUAUUGGCGGAUGAGGUCCAGGGGUUAUUAACUUCAGGCGAAUACCAGUUAUUUUGUGCGCCUCCUUUCCAGCCGUCAUUAUUAUUUGCCUCUGAAAUUGAUAUAUGCAAGAUAUUCAAAAUCCAAUACACACCCACAACAAUAUCGAUAAUUAAUAAACGCAUACUGUGCUGCUGUUGUGGUGGAUCUUGUUGUACAUACCAUGUAAUUAAUAGACAUUUGGUCAGAAUGCCACGAAUUUGCAUGAGGAAAAAGGAACGUUGCCCAAUGCACGACGACAAGGCAGCCAACGAGAACUCAGCACAUUUGUAAUCCGGGAAGAAGGAGCACGUUAAUGAUUUGGAGAAAGUAAAUUCAUUCUACAACAACUUUCACCCUCGCUCGAGUGCUUAUUUUAUGUUUGUUGAUGUACUUUCCUACGGGUACCUUAAAACUAAAGCUUAGGGUUUGGUCACCCAACACCCAACUUUAGUAGGGCUUAUGAUUUGAUAUACGGUCAAAGUCAGUCAUGGCGACUUCUGAUGACCAGCCGAUAGUCAUAGUGAACGUGACUCAAGACGACAAUGGACCGAAAACUGGGAAUUUGGCGACGAUCUCUACUGUUCCGCCAGCCAUUAAUCCCACUCUGAGCAUCACACCCACAAUUUUUCCAAUUAGGCGAUAUGAAUUCCAACCACCCAAAACUAGCAUGGCCUCAUCGUCAUCACUCUUGGGGGCAGAUUUGUCAUCUUCGACGCUAAUGAUGGCUCCUCCAAAACUAAAUACGGUGAAGAAGAGUCGACUACUGGUGAAUCCUGGAAAAUCGAUGGUGGAAUGGAUGAAGAUUCAACAAGAAUUGACUGCCAAAGGACCUUCUGCAAAAUUAAGGAAAAUCGGGUUUGACGAAUUAGCAACGCACAACACUCUUGGCGAUGUUUGGAUGGCAAUCAACGAUAGAGUUUUUGACGUUUCCGACUACACAAACUAUCAUCCCGGAGGUGUCGAAGAAUUAAUGAAAGGAGCAGGUCAAGAUGCCACAAACCUUUUCAAUCAAAUUCAUCGAUGGGUCAACUUUGAAAGCAUUUUAAGAGGAAAUUUGCUCGGAUUUUUGGUGAAAGAGCCAACGCUACGAGUUGUACGGAAAAUACAGCCAGGUUCACUAAGCACUGCAUUAUCCUGUCUUCCAUCCACAAAGUUUUCAGAAGAUGACAAUUUUGUAUUCCUUGAGAUUGACUCUCACAUGGAUGGGAACGACGUGCGACAAGAAUCCUGGACAGUUGGCCUAUUGAACCGUGAACGAUUAAUACUCAAAGUCAUGGUGAAACCUCCAAAAGUGUGGAUGACACAUUUGCGCCUCCUCAAAGCUUUAACCGACGACAACAUUAAUAUUAACUACGAAAAUAAUUUUAAACGGGCACUUAUAACAUUAAAGAAACCUCAACAACAAGAACGAUGGCUCAAACUCGGCGUACCUCUAUCGGACCAUCAUCAACUAGUAGACUCUCGAGCCUCCAUUGAAGACAUGUACCCAGCAAAACUGGUCAAGCGACAGAAGUUGACACGGAAUUCAUACAUGUUCACUGCUGUCACUCAUACCGCUGCGAUUGGUGUUCCGAUUGGAUUUCACGUUCAAAUUCGACUAACACAAAAUGUGACACGGCCUUUCACGCCAGUAAGUUUGACAAUCACUCAACCAAACGUUGAAGUAGAGGAAUCAGCUUUACAAACAAACACGCAAGAGUUGCAUUUCAUUAUCAAAAUUUAUCCAGAUGGGCAGUUCACUUCAUUGUUGGAAAAUUUAUUGUCAAAAACCAAAGAGCAAGAGAUAGAAAAGGAGUCAGAGAUAGAUGUGGAAAUUGGAUUUCCUCGUGGAAAUUUUGACACAUUUUUUCUACAUAAUAUCAGUAACACGCUAUGUUUGCUAGCUGGUGGAUCAGGGAUCACCCCAUUCGUCCGAAUUAUUCAGUAUUUGUACCAUAGACGAGCGUCGAUCCCUAUUAAACACGUGGUGCUACUAUUUUUUAACGAGACUUUUGAAGAUGUGAUAUGGGCUAAGGAAUGGCAAGACCUCGCCAAAGAAAAUGAAUCACCAUCGUCUUGGUUUCAUUUUUAUCCUGUGAUAUCCAAACCUGUCGAGCUGUCGUCGGAAGAGUGGACUGGGCGAGUUUCAAUCAAAUUAUUUGAACAGUGUAUACAAGACUGUAUACCCUCCGCGUCCACCAAAGAUGGUGAAUCUAAAGCCAUAAUUUGUGGAAGCUACGGAUUUAACGCCGCAUGUAAAGAGGUGUUGAAACAACAAACUGUACUUGACAUUGACGACCCUUCUGGAAUUUUUAUAUUUAAUGGAUAAUUAAUAGUCUUUGUAAUAAAUUAGUGAAUUAUA